AUGACCCGCUUUCGCAUAAAAAAUUUGAAAAUCCUCUCCUGCUGCCUCAGCCUCUGGGUGGCGCUCUUUGGCGGAGCCCUGCAUCUGGCCCAAGGCAGCGAGUUUCCCGAGCGCGAAUGCUGCGACCUGACCACCACCUCCACGGUGGGCCCGCUGCCCAUGCCGCCCGCCGCGCUGCCCACCGACAAGUCGCUCUCCUCGGCCACUACGGCCUUGGAAACGGAUCUGGCCAUCGGACGAUCUGGUUCCACCAUAAAGGGCGUCGUGGCCAUAUUGAAUUGCAUUCUGGCACGACAGCUCUGCUUCGAGGAUCCGUCAUGUUCGGCCAUAUUGGAAAUUAUACCGCGCGUCUGCGGGCCCAUACCAGUGUCCUGCAGCACGGUGACGGUGACCAAGUGCCAGGCCGCUCUGCGUACCCUUCAGGCCUUUCAGUUCUUUCGGCCAACCUGCCUGUGCAAGGAGCCCGGCAUGGAUCCCGAUUGCAACCACUUUCGAGACUUUCUCUUCGAUCAUCCUUGCGGAUUUGUUUUAAAGAAAGCCGAAAAGGAUCCCUAUCCCAUUGAUGCCCUGCCCACCUGCAAUCACGCUCUGUCCGUCUGCCAACAGGAACGCAAAUGCCUGAAGCUCUUCGAGGACUUUAAAACGCAUUGCAAGGUGCGCGACAACAAGUGUAAAAUGGAAAACAGGGACGCCUGCCACGAUUCGUGGACCAAUCUUCGACUGUCGCCGAUGUUCGGAUGCAUUUGCCCGAACAACCAUAUGAAAAAGCGCUGUGAUCGUAUCUUUAAUAUUGUUAAUCACAAUCCGUGUGUGGAUAGACUAAUAUUCUUCCCCAACGGUCUGCCCAAAUCGAAGCAGCCGCGCCCCAAGACCAAGUCCAGAUCGAAGCAGAAGGCGAGACCCAAGUCCAGGCCGAGACAGAGGCCGCACGGCCGCAAUGGCACCGAGCUGAUGUCCAACAAUAUCGAGUACCACGACGAGCCCAAUGGCUUAAACGAUCCGGCAGGGGCGGAGGAUGAGGAGGAGGAGGAUUCGGAGGGAAACGGCAACGACGACGAUGACGAGGAGGAGGAGGACGAUGAUUAUGAUGACCGCAUACGAGCCGAGAUUUAUUCCAAUUACCCGCACUACCUCCAUCCGCCGUCGUGGGGCAUUAACAAUCCCUUGGUCCUGGCCUCGCACAGUCCCCAUACUUUGGACGACGACGACGAUGUGGUGGUAGAAGUGGUGGCCCACAAGAAACCACCGGCGCCACCGACAACAACGCAGCAACAACACAAGAAUGCUGCCAUUGCGCUAGAGCAUGACGUCGUGGUGGUGGUGGAUGCGGGUCCCGGCCCCCACUCCCAUGGCCAUCCGCACUCGCACACGUACUACACGCACGGCGAUCAGAACUCGACCACGGGAUCUGGACUACCAGGACUGCCGUCACCCACGAUACCCAGCCCACCUAACACCGGCACCAAAAUGCACAAAACAGCACCACCACUCGGCGAUUUAGUUGCCGGCAGCGAUAUAACCCACCGCACCUACACUGGCCCCACGAUGGAAGAACGAGUAAGAAUAUUGGGCAUGGACGAGAAACUGCAUCAGAGAAUCUUCAAUGAUAAUUUGGCCCUAAUUGAUACGCCCCUAAUAGCCAUGGGCACCGGCUCAGGGUCCGGCACGGUCACCACUUCCGGUUCCGGUUCCGGCCUCGGAUCCGGCAUGGGCCUAGGCUUAUCCGGCAGCUUUAACUAUCCGGGCUCGAUGCACGGCGUGCCCAGCUAUCCGUUCAAUAUAAGCGGCUUCCAUCAGCGGCACAUGGCAGCGGCGGCUGCCGAUAAUGAACCAUUCGAUAUCAUUGAUACGGGCUUCGGCUAUGGCGGAAACGGAAAUACCGGUGUUUACUACCAAAGUGGUCAGGAUGUCGAAGUUGACCUCUCAACGGAAAUAAUCAAGCAACACUUUCAGAGUACCUGUCACACGGCAUUGGACACUUGCCGGGAGGAUCCGUCCUGCUCCUCGUCCCUGCAACCGAUGCUGAUGCAUUGCGAGAUGCACCGGUGCAAUCGCAAUGCGUGCAUGUCCUCGCUGCAGGCCUUCUACAAGGGUCCCCACGAGGACCUCAAUCUGGACAUUGCCUUUUGUCUAUGCAAGAAAACAGGCAGCAGCCAGCAGAACGCCAAUCGGCACGACAUGUGCAUGAUUGCACAGGAAAAACUGCAUCCAGUGUGCGCACAGCGGCCGCCCGAUAACAGUAAUCCGGCCAGCUCCAAUGGCAUUUACUACCAUCCGCCGCCCGCCUGUCACGUGGUCGCCGACAGCUGCAAGGAGGAUCGCGAGUGCAGACUCAAGUUGGAGUAUUACGAGCAGGCCUGUGCGGUGGAUAGCGUGACCAAAAAGUGCGCCGGCAGACCGAGCGGCUGUCGAACAGCAAUGAUUGGCAUACUGGGCACCAUGCUGAGGACGACCUGUGCCUGCCAAGGAACAGAUCCCCAGCACUUGUACCAGUGUGUGGGAUGGCGGCGCCUGCUGUGGAUGAAUCCGUGUGUGGUUGAGGCUCAAAAGGAUUUCCAUAUGAAGCGAUUGGCUGAGCUCGGUUUCCUUACCACCACAACAACGACAACGACCACCACGACGACCACAACAACGACGACGACAACGCGGGCGCCACCGCCUCCGCCUCCACCGCCGCCCACCACAACGCCGACGACAACGACGACCAGUUUCCAGCCCAAGCAAACGCCAAGGAAGCCGGCAACGCACAUCUUCAAGGACGUGUAUGCGCCAAAAGAGAAAUCAGAGCCAGCAUCGGUGGAACACAAUUAUCUCGAUCUGCCCGAUUCAAUCCCGCUGCCCAGCGUAAAUGUCGAGAGCGGCGGAAAUGACGAUUAUCACAGCGGCAACGGCAAUGGACACGGAAAUGGAAAUGGAAAUGGCAACGGUAACGGUAACGGCAACAACGGCAGACGUAAAAAUAACGGAAAGGGACGUGGCGGCGGCAGCAGUAUAGAUUUCGAUGAUCCAGUAAUUUUCGUCGACCCAAGGGAAACAACGGAAUUUGUGGGCAUCAGCAUCACGGAGCCGGUAACCACAACAACCACAACAAUGGCGACCACGACAACAACACAGCCGCCAAGAAACUGUGUGGUGCAACGACCUCGCCAAUCGGAUCAACUAAUUCGUGAGGGCAGCAGCAAGCGGAUCUACUCCUUGGACGAUGUGGAGUGCAGCGAGCUGUGCAGCUGCGGCGACUCCCUCACCCUCACCUGCCACGCCCUCUGCGUGCCCUUCGCCCCCUGCCGCACCGCCCUCGCCUUCUACAGCCACGCCUCGCCCGCCUACCAGGCGUUCCGCGGUCGCUGCCUCUGCUACUCGGGCCGCUUCAUCUGCAUGAAGCCGCCGCUUGGGGAGUACAUUCUGCCAGGUGGGGUGUUCCUGCUUUUGGGCUACAGUGCCGCCGACGAGGCGCUGCUGCGUCCUCACACGAACCUCGGGGUGCAGGAUGCCGUGCGUGCCUUGCAGCAGUACGUAACCACAUACAUCGAUAAUCAGACGCAGUGCACCCUCACGCUGUUCAAUAUGACCGAGGAGAACAUAAUCAUUGCUGCGCGUCUGCCGCAUGAUGGCAAACUGAAGGAUAUUGAGCUGCUGCGCAAGGAGAAGGACGAGUGCACCGCGAUACUGAAGACCAUCAGUCAUCAAAUCAAUAGCGAGCACAGCGAGCUCCAAUCCCACCGACUGCUGAGCAUUUUCAAAAUGUCCGAAGUCGAGGUCAUUUGGCCGGAGAGCACGAGUGCGGCGGCCCGUAGUGGACACGGUACCGUCGGUGGCUGCCACCGGCUGCUCUAUGUGAUGAUGCUGGCGGUGGCCGCUUACUUCUCCAGCUGGACAGCGCUGUGUGUGAGCGAUGUGGCUUGGACAUGACAGCCGCAUAGCUGAAGGAUUAAGGGCCAGGACAAUUGCAUAACUGUACGUAGUAGAUACUCGUGGGGGGAAAAACAUACUCAUACUCAUACUCAUCAUCGGAAGCGGAUGGAGAACGAUAGCUAUAACUAUAAACUAUAAUGAUAUGGUGGAUACUCUUACUUAGGCGCAUAAUCGUAAUACUGUGUUGUAUACAUUUAGGAGCUAGUUCUGUGCUUUAGCUGCGAUUAUUGUAAAGCUUUGUUGUUGACCCUUGACGAUGAUGUUGCUGUCCCUUUUGAUACGAACGUAUGGGAUAUACAGAAACUUAUAUAGGACAUAUGCAUAUAUAGAACUCAACUACAUUAAUCUAUCAUUUAAUGUGAAAACGGAAACUGCUGUCUACAUAAUAAUACUGUUAGCAAAUAGCGGAAGGCAAACUCGAUAGUUGGAUUUGAGGUGUAUGUAUAUAGAGCAGGUAUCAGCAUUAAGUACUAUCCGUAGCUAGAGUUUUAUACAAAAAACAAUACAUUGUACACACACACACCCUUGACACACAAGAAUUAAGACCCACUUAUUGUUUGCUGUUUGAGCUCUAUCGAGUCCUUGGCUGCCUGCAUUAAUAAAGGAAAAUAAUAAAUGCCUUAACGUGCAUCCCGGCUUUCUCUCUUGAUUUUUAAUUACAUUUUAAUACGGCCUGGCCUUAUGCCGGGUCAGUCACUCGCUUAACACUCUUAUGCAAAUCGUUAUUGUUAAAUUAUUUCAUAGUUU